AUGUUAUUCUUUAAAAAGAAUUCAAGGAAAAUUCUUACUCAGAACGAAUCUACUUACUAUAAAAACAAACCAUUACCACCAAUUAUUGAUACUACAUCAGCUUGCUAUUAUAGCUUAAUUGUGAAUGAUGAUGAUAACAAUGAUCAUUACUUCAAGUUGGUAGAUCAAAGCUUACCUCGUCCACAAGAUCUUGCUAUAUCUUCAUUUAAUAUUCCACAUUUAUUGAUGCCUAUACAGCCAAAUCAUUCUGUACUAGAUAUUUUAGAAGAGAAGAUAGAACAUAAAUUACCCUUAACAAAGAUAGAGGAAACAGAGGAAUGUAUAGUCAAUGCUAGUAAUAAAAAAAGAAAUGUGUUAUUGACUAUAAACACUCAGCAAGAAACGACUGACAAUGAGAAGCUAUUUAACAGUAGUACAACUAAAGAUGAUAGUAGUCUAAUUUCUGAAAAGACGAUCGUUAAUCAUGCUUUUACGAAUGAUGAGAAUGAAAAAAAGAAUAAUAACUAUAAAACAACAAGUUUAAUACAGCAAGAUAAUAUGAAUGAAAUGAAUAAAGCGUUAUUGGUAAAAUGUAUCAGUAAAGAACAGGAAAUGUUAACACAUCAAUUGACAAAAAAGAAGAAAAGAGUAGACUUUGGUCAAUUAUCAUUGCCGCUAACCAUGAUUCCUCGAGAAGUAUCAUCUACAAAGACUAAUAAACAGCCAGCAGCAACACUAAAAGCUUCCAGAAUUUAUUCAACAUUAACAAUAGAGCCAUCCAUUUCAACUCCACUUACAAGAAAAUUAAGACAGGACAGUAGUAGCAGAAUACCUAUUAGAAUUAAUGAAGCAAAAGGGGCAAUUUCAACAGAAAAAGUAACUACAAUAGUUCCAACAAAAAGUAAUAGUACAUGCUAUUCAAGUCGAAUACCUAAAAGAAAAGAUUUAUGGUUUUAA